CAGGUUCUAAUGACAUUUGUUGGUGAAAUGUGAUUGCAAAGUUUUUAGGGAUAUAAAUUAUUAUUAUAUUCAAAUCGGCCAAAAAUUUUUGUAUGCGAGUAUGCCGACCUACGAGGCAUUGUUCGCCUUCAAAGCGUCUGGAAGACUCCUCGGAGGGGUGGCAAUUCAUGACGUCAUCAAGAAAUCAGUACUCUCCAUGAUGAAGGAGGGGGCCAUCGUGACCCACCUUAAGAAUAUGGGGGAGAUGAGAUUGGGAGAGAAGAGAUAUAAGGAGAGGAGGGGGCAUUUUUUCCUAGUGCAGUGUGAGAUGCCGAGUCAAAAAGUUGAUGACAUGGCUCUGAAACUAAUACGCGACGAAGACAUACUACACCUGGUCACCUCAGAGUUAACAGACGUGGAACUGCCUAGAAAGAACUGUUCUGGAUCAGUGUCACACUUGGUUUUGAACCCAGAACUGCACGACUACGACUGGAACUUCGAAGGCAACCUAAUGAAACAGGUGCCUAGAGAGUUCCAGCGAAUGAACCCACAGCAAACGAAGUCUUCAUUGAAAGGAGCAGGAAUCAACGAGAUUUGGGGAAGAGGACAAUAGUACUAGAAAUGAAUUGCAAAACUGUUCUCUUUUUUUCUGAUAAUGUUUAUUUGUGAAGUAAAUCUAUCGAAAAAAGGUUUUAGUUGUUAGUACAGUCAGGAAACUAU